AUGGCGAACUUUAAUCAGAUGCCCAAUGAGAUUUUGGAGCAGAUAUUUGAUAAUCUGGAUUAUCGGACGCGACGCAAUCUAUCAUUGGUGUGUCGACGAUGGAACGCCGUCCUACUCUCGGACCGGUACAUUACCCGCCAUGUAUCGCUCCUGAUCGAUGGACAACGUACGCUUGUACUUCACAAGCACCUGUUUCAUCGCAUCUACCCGAAUCUAACGAUCAAACUGGACAACGCCAUCAAUGGAGAUGCUUUCAAAGGGUUGCGCCUACUACCGACCAUCGUCCCAACACCGUCCACCGUGAAGCUACACCUAGCCUUCCCAAAUGAUCCGCGCUGGGUAGCGUUGUGCGAAGAGCACCAGUUCAUAAAUCUUCGCACCGUUCAAACCUUCCAUCUGACCGGCAGUUGCCGUACGGAACAUCCGCGUAAACCCCUUACACUGCAGAUGGAUCAGCUCCUAUCGUUGAACCUCGUGUGCAGUGGCGUCCAGGACCUGUGGCUCGUGGCACCGAAACUUUCCCGGCUACAUCUGCACGUUCUGUCCGAGGAGCAUCUGGAAUUUCUGCUUCACUUCGUCCAACAGCUCCACACACUUAGCAUCGUGUUUGAUGCGAAGGAGAGCUUCUUUUUCUACCACCUUAAGCCAACCAAUCUGCGCGAACUUGCGAUUGAUCGACGUCAGAAGGGUAUGACCAAGAGUGAGCGUAACAUUAGCAUAGCGUUCUUCAAGCGGUUGGACCAGCUGCAACGGCUAGAGCUGCGUGUAAAGUUUAUCGACAGUUACGUGCUGCACACCAUUGCGGACAGUUUGAAGCAGCUGAGCGAACUAUCGCUCGAAGUAGCCGAAGGUACGAUCGAGCUAAAGCAUAUCGCGAGUCUAACCCGACUGAAACGGUUACGCAUUGUGGCGUGUCGGGUGAAUCUACAGAGCGUACACCUGCCGGCACUUGAAUCGUUAGAGCUCGGAUCGGCCGAACUGCCCGGCACGUACCUCGAGGGCAUCGAAGGACUCAUGGCGUUCCAUCGGAUGCGAACGUUGACGCUGAUGAAUGUGAAGGUAUAUCCGGAGAUGCUGCAGCUAACGCCGACGUACAGUGUUGAGCGGAUGGUGAUCGCUUUUUACCGGAGGUUGGAGGAAACUCACCUGCUAAUACUGGUCAAACGGUUUCCGGCAUUGCGGUGGCUUCGGGUUAGCCACUGUCACGGCGUGUAUCAACGCGAAAUGGACAAACUGAAGCGAAUGAUGCCGACCCUAGCGGUAGCGUUUGAUGAAGCUAAAAGUGAUAGAAUUUAGAAACGUAGU